AUGGAGACUUCCACCCUUGCCUCGGUCCUUCGUGUGCACGAGUGGAUCGACCAGAUGUGUGCAACUGAAACAGACGAGGACCAGAACAGCUGGGGUCAGCACUCCACGGGAAUGGGGAACAAGACGCCACUUUGUGACAUGCUCUUAUCCAGAGGGGUGUUGCCUGCUAGAAAUGCAAGGCGAUGGGCAGAGGAUUCAGAAUUCAAAAUUGAACCCCCAUUCCACAACUGCUGGAGGCGCAGACUACAUGAUGUCAUGGACGUCCCCGACCAGUCGUUGCCUCAUAUGGGAGAAGACCCGGGCACGUUUCGUCCGAGAAUCGACCAGCGAUACGACGGCAUCUUGAGCCCCAACCUUGAAGAAACAAAACCAUCGAUGUCUGCUAUUUUCGAGCAGCCGGAUCGCGAGAAAUGGCCCCUGGCACUGAAGGCACGACAUGAUCAAACUCGCAACAAGACUCUAAACCGACAUACCCCAGGAGUAUUCCUAGGGAACGUUACCCGUCAAUAUGUCUUCCUGCUGGAACAUUUCAGAAGCGUCUUGUUGUCAUGCUCAACAACCAUUGCCGCGUUCUCGUGGGAAAUCCUGGACAUUUCGAGGCAUACAGCUGCUCAUGAUGGAGGGGACGCAGGUUCCCGUGAUGUUGUCUGA